CGCGCGUUGCAGCGGGGACUGGUGGGAAAUUUCUGUGUUGAAGUUUGUUGUGUGUGCGCGCGCUGUGUAUUUUCUCAAAAAGCAUGGCUCUAAACUUCCAGACGUCCACCCUUUCUCUGACUUUGCCGAUUUCGUGCCAGAUAUGUCUCGGAAAGGUCAGGCAGCCGGUCAUUUGUGCCAACAACCACGUGUUCUGUUCAUCCUGCAUGGAAAUGUGGUUGAAAAAAGCUAACCAGUGUCCCACCUGCAGAGUCACCAUCACAGCAGAGAACCCCUGCAGGGAAAUCAUCGGAGGCACAAAUGAGAGCGAUCACCACGAUAGUCUUUCCAUGAGGAAAUGUAUAAGAAAAACCAGAGGAGAGCUGCUUUUGCGGGAGUAUGAGGAGGAAAUUGAAGGGUUCAUCAGAGAAAACGAGGAGCUGAAAAUAAAAAAUCAAAGUCUGGAGUCCCAGCUGAAGACUGCUUUGGAUCCCUGCAGCAUUAAUACAGUGCAAACGGAAGACAAAAAAGUUGACCCCCAUGUCCUGGACAAAUGGACAAACAAGCUGCGAGCUGCCACAGAUGUUUGUGAUAAAGUAAAGCAGGACAUGGAUAAGCUGAAGGAGGCAAAUAAGGCAUUACGAUCUCAAAAUGUCGACCUUGUACAGGAGAAUAUGAGGUUGAAAGCAGAGGUGGCAAGCAGAUCUCCUCAGAAGUUCGGUCGUUACACAGUGGCGGCACUGGAAGCUAAAAUCCAGCAGCAUGAGCGUGAUGUGGACCACUUGAAGAGGGCUCUGGAGCGCAGCGACCAGUACAUCGAAGACCUUGAGUCUCGGGUCAUAAAGCCUGAGAAGAGAAGUCUUGAAGGGCAGGAAGCAUGCGGGAACGGCAAGGCUGAGUCCGACACACUCGCACAGCUACACAAAAUCAGCAUGAUGAUGAGAAGCUUGAGUGACAAUGAGAGGGAGUCAAUCUGCAGCAAUCCAGUGGUAGAAGGUCGAGCCUUUUCUCGAAAUCACAGUUUGAUGUUCAUGCCAUCUGCAGAUCACAAAGAGUCUGAUAAGAAUCUGACUGGAGACCAGGAAAACGAGGACUUGGUAAGCACCUCGUCCAACCUUUUGCCCGCCACUCCGUCCUCUGCCUUCCGAUCGCUGACUCUGAGAAGCCCUGGCGUCCGUGAAAAGAGAGUUGCAUUCAAACCAGCGUCCUAUCUGAGGAAGCUUGAUUUUGAAGAAAUUCCUAGCCCUGACAAGAGCAGCAGCAGCAGCAGCACCACGGAGAACCAAUUCAGCAGCCUCGACGAGCUCCCCAAAGGCUUGCCUGCAAAUACUGACGUGGAACUCUUAAAGUCUGUCUUCUGGGAUGAUUGGCAGAGUUCAAAAUCUAAUGACAAGUCAUGUCCAGGUCCAAGUGAAGACGGCCCAGUUAAAGGAGCCGCAUCCGCAACUCUUGAAGGUGAUGAGUCCGGUGGUUUCUCGAUGUCCAGCGAGGCCUCCAUGGAUGCAGCAUACCUGGACAAAAUCUCAGAGUUGGACUCCAUGAUGUUGGAUGGAGAGAGUUCCAGUAGCCGGGGAUCGCAGCUCUCCCUGGCUUCCUCCCCUCACGCAGACUUGGACAACACUCUGGUCCCAGAACCACAAACGUGCCCCGAUGUCUCGUCAAGUCGUGGUGGCGAACCCGCAGUACCAUGUGACCAGAAGAAGCACUCACCGCUAAACAACGCGGGGGGCACCUUGAGUGACAAAGAGGCUCCAAAAGGCUCGGCGGAGGAAAGUGCGCCGGUGUCUGGCAGGGAGAGCGGGGGCCAUGUACCCGACUGUGGUCCCCCUCAGACUGACGAAGAACUGUCCUUUGAUUUGCUGUUCGAUUCACUGGAGGAGAAUAAGGCCGGUCCCUCUGGCUCUCUCAGUCCAGCGAGCCAAGACCACGAUCACGUUGACUUCUCCACCACCUCGUCCCCCAGCUGCACCGGUAAACCUGUGAACACAACAAGAGACAGACAGGCACUGAACAUCAGCCAGCCGACAAAGAGGAAGUCUCACAGUCCCUUUAACACAAGCAGCCCCACGAAACUUUCAAAGCUCAUGUGAAGGUUUUAAAAUAAGAACCUGUGUUGUCACUGUGCCGUCCACUCCGGUGUGUUUUGGUCAGGCUUCACAACCACACGCGGCCCGAAACAUUAACUCCACGGUUCUCCAGAAUAAAUUUGUGAAUGUGAUGCUCCUGUGUAAAUUAUUGUCAUUUUGUCUGUUGUUAUAUUGUAUGAAUUAAGACUAAAUAUGACAGAUUUGUCAUAGUUUUCUUUCUGUAGUAUACUUAUAGGUCUCGGUGGCAGUUAAAUGAUCUUAAGGCCAGCCUUCUGUAAUCUGACAAACACUCCUGUGUUGUACUGUAUAGUGCACCAGUUUUGGUGCUAAGACAUUUUUCAAACUUUCAGUCUACUUGUAUGCGUUUGUCCUUUUCAAGUUAUUCAGUAAACACAAUCCACGUGGUAAUCUUUUUUAUAAUGUCACGCAAUACUGAAGAGGGAUGAACACGACCAUCAUGAAAAACUGACAUUUUGAAAUAAAAAUUGCAGUGUAAGAGUUUGUGAGGAAAUAAAGUAGUAAUGCAAGGACAAA